UCCGCUCUUCUCUCCAGCUUGUCUUUCCAAGUGGAGCGGCCGGUGUGAGCAGUAAGCAGAGCAGUGAACCCCACAUAGCCCACAGGCGAAGGACAGACACAAAGGUAUUAGACGAGGAGGUCCCCCGGCUCAAUAGCUUUCGAGCUGUUUGUAAUGAGUGGGAAAGGCAGACAGGAGUCUCUGUUCGAUGCCCCCCAAAAAGGGAGAAGCACCGAAACAGCCUCCAAUAAUUGGACGAUUUGGCACAUCUCUGAAAAUUGGAAUCGUGGGAUUACCUAAUGUUGGGAAAUCCACCUUUUUCAACGUGCUGACUAAAAGCCAAGCUGCUGCAGAAAACUUCCCAUUCUGCACGAUUGACCCAAAUGAGAGCAGGGUACCUGUUCCCGAUGAGCGCUUUGACUUCCUCUGCCAGUACCACAAACCAGCCAGUAAGGUUCCUGCCUUCCUAAACGUUGUGGACAUUGCUGGUCUGGUGAAGGGAGCUCACUCAGGACAGGGACUUGGAAAUGCUUUCCUCUCCCACAUCAGUGCCUGCGACGGCAUCUUCCACAUGACCCGUGCAUUCGACGACGAGGAUAUUAUCCACGUGGAGGGUAACGUCGACCCAGUGAGGGACAUCGAGAUCAUCCACGAGGAGCUGCGACUAAAAGAUGAAGAGAUGAUCGCUCCAAUAAUUGACAAACUGGAGAAAACCGCUGUCAGAGGCGGUGACAAAAAACUCAAACCUGAAUAUGAUAUCAUUUUGAAGAUAAAGAACUGGGUGGUGGACGAGAAGAAACACGUCAGAUUUUGCCAUGACUGGAACGACAAAGAGAUUGAGGUAUUGAACAAAUACCUGUUUCUGACAUCCAAGCCCAUGAUCUACCUGGUGAAUCUCUCAGAGAAGGAUUACAUCAGGAAAAAGAACAAAUGGUUGGCGAAAAUCAAGGAGUGGGUAGACACUCAUGACCCUGGCGCUCUGGUCAUUCCCCUGAGUGGAGCUCUGGAGUCCAAACUGCUGGACAUGGAGGAGGAGGAGGAGAGGAAUAAAUACUGUGAGGAAAUGAAGACACAGAGUGUUCUGACCAAAAUAAUAAAGACCGGCUAUGCGGCGCUACAGCUGGAAUACUUCUUCACAGCAGGACCAGAUGAGGUGCGAGCGUGGACCAUCAGGAAAGGUAGCAAGGCUCCUCAAGCUGCAGGAAAGAUCCACACUGACUUUGAGAAAGGCUUUAUCAUGGCUGAGGUGAUGAAGUACAGUGACUUCAAAGAGGAGGGCAGUGAAAAUGCAGUCAAGGCUGCUGGGAAAUACAGGCAACAAGGCAGGAAUUACAUCGUGGAGGAUGGGGACAUUAUCUUUUUCAAAUUCAACACACCCAAUGCCCCGAAAAAGAAAUAAUGAGACCACGCAAUCGCCAGAGGGAGCACUCAGAAUGCUGUUCAGUCAGGCCCCUGAGAGCUACACUGUCUGCUGGUUUUCAUACCUCUCUUUUGAAUUCAGAGUAUCAAGAUGCGGCCUGGUUGGCCAGAGAUAUUUUCUAACUUGGCCUCCCAGGUGGACUUCUGAACCAGAAUCUAUUAAAAAUGAUUCUGUAUUAUAACGUUUCUAUAAAAACACACCAUACAUUCCUGUGUGUCAGAAUGUGAGCAAAUUUUUAAAGGGCAUCAACUGCACUACCAGUCAAACAUUUUUGAGCACACUGGACCCGAGCAUCCACAGUCACAAGAAAGAAUAGGUGCAACUGAAAUGAAAAAUAUAUACUUUUUGAUUUUAGUGGAAAUAGUCUUAUCAGGAACCUGUAACAGAAUCCAAACUGCAUUCUCUGUUGUAAGUGAUAAAAGAACUAUGCAGCCGGGCUUGUCCUGUUUUCUAGAUAUGCAUCGAUCAUUUAAGCCACACAGAUCACUGAUACUUAAAAGGAUUAAUUUCCAACUUUUAAAGACAGUGAUUCACUCCUCUGAGUAAUAACAGCUUAUCUAUACAGUUAUGAAUUGACGUUUCAUGUCCAUGAUGACUGCUGAUUAAUCGGCUCAGACCCUAACAAGGCUCUUCAUAAGUAUUUUAUCAAAGGCAGGUGUGCCUGAUCGUUAACCAGCUUCUUUAUCUUUGGAAAUAUGUAAACAGUGCUGGCAAGAAAUAAGAAUAUUAUACAGCAGUCUGCUGGAGGUGCCUCAUCAGAGUCAACAAAAACUAGGCCAUCCUGAAUUGGUCUUUUCUUUCAAAUUAAAAAGACCCGAACUUUUCUCAGUUCCUUCGUGUCUUUUCAAAGCCAUAAUACCUGAGUCUUUUCCAAAGAUGCUAAAAUAUACAGUGUCUAUACCUGAGUCUUUUCCAAAGAUGCUAAAAUAUACAGUGUCUAUAAUAAUUUGACUGGCAGUGUGUUUACCUUAAAGAGAGAAUGAAAUCCAUCAUUGUGUUUAACUUCAGGCCAGUGCUGUGCCGUAUUCUGAGCAGGAGGGAUAUUGUUAAUUUUAGAAAGCGCAAAUGCAGGCAUCCCUGACAGUGCCUGAUCAGACGCCUGAACAGAGAAUGUUGUUAUCCACACUGCUUUUAUUGACUUGAAGUUUGGGCUUGUAAAAAAAAAAAACCCAGACUCGUCACAUUAUGAACUCCACCCUGCAUAACAAGAAAAUGCUACAUUGUGAAUCCGGACAGCUACAGGAGUGCUCUGCGCAUCAUUUGGACUGUACAGCUUCAAAGUGCAUCUCGUUUUAGCUCUGCUCACUGACUCUACAGUGUGAGUGUCUUUAUUUUUGAGAGUACUUACCAUCCCCUUACCAAAUAUCUUGCCAAAUCGUGGAAACAGAAACCCAGCCCCCUUAUGAACCAUAAUGAGUUGCUGAGGAAUAGGAGUCAAACGAGAAAGCUUAAAGAUGUUACUUUAAAGGGAGCCAAGGUCUAAUAAAUGUCAACCUCAUCAAUAUGCAUGUGUCAAUAAAAGAAAACAAACCUCUGUCA